AUUUUGGCUGUAAACAUAUUGGGACGGUUUCUAAUAAAUGCGGAUAAGAACAUCCGUUACGUGGCACUCAGCACUCUGCAGCGUGUGGUCCAUGCUGACUAUAAAGCUGUUCAACGGCAUAGAUCUACAAUUAUUGAUUGUCUUAAAGAUCCAGACAUUUCUAUUCAACGGUUCUGA